AUGGACAUGGGCCACGACAGCAGUAGCAGCAGCAGCAGCAGCGGGCACAGCUCCGGGCACACGAGCGUGUUCCAAACCUCGAUGGCGACGGCGCUCUUCUCCACCGCCUGGACGCCCAGCAGCACGGGCGCGUACGCGGGGACGUGCAUCUUCCUGAUCGUGCUGGCCGUCAUCUUCCGCGGCCUGCUGGCGCUCAAGUCGUGGCAGGAGCGCCGCUGGCUGGACGCCGAGCUUGCGCGUCGUUAUGUCGUGGUCCAGGGAAAGGCGCCGCUGGCCGAUGCCCUCGCGCGCGACCCGGCCGCCAAGAAUGCCAGCUUGGUGCUGAGCGAGAAUGGCGUCGAGGAGAAUGUCGUCGUCGUGGGGAAUCGGGGGGCCGCCGCGGCGCAUGUCAGGCCGUGGAGGUUGAGUGUUGAUCCCCUGCGCGCGGCGGUUGAUACGGUGGUGGCGGGGGUUGGGUAUCUGCUGUGA